UCAAAGAAAAAUUAGUAAACUCUCUCAACCACCGCUUCUCCGUCACUUGUUGGAUUUUCAGUGAGAGUAUGGAUGCUUUUGAGAGAAAGUAUGGAUCACAUGGUGUUAAUGUUACUUCGGAGGAGGAGGAUUUUGAGGAGCCAGUUGAGAACAUUGGUUGGAAGCAUGAUAGGCAAGCAGCUUCAAAGACCAGUGACUUAGCUGGUCAUGGUGUUGGUCUUGCACAAGGUUUUAUCGAUGAGUGUGCCAAGGUGGUGGCUGCUGGUGCAAACCCUGCACUGAUCUCUAUAGGCAUUGAGAAGACAGAAAAGGCUUUGGUUAAUGAGCUAAAUAUAAUGUCUAAGGGCAGUAACGCUGGCCGCAACGACCCUGAAGCUGGAAGUAUGAUUGCUGAAGCAAUGAGCAAAGUUGGCAAGAACGGUGUGGUGGUCAUUGACGAGGGAAAAACCGCUGAGAAUAAGGUUUACGUAGUGGAAGGAAUGCAAUUUGAACCUGGUUACAUGUCCCCAUACUUCAUAACGGACCAUGAGACUGAGAGAAUGUGUGUGGAGUACGAUCACUUCAAGCCGCUUCUUGUUGACCAUAAGAUUACCAAUGCAAAGGAUCUUGAUGGUGUUCUGGAGGAUGCAAUUAAAGGUAGAGACCCGAUCAUCAUAAUCGCAGAAGACUUUGAACAAGAAGCGUAAGAGACUCUUGUUGUUAACAAGGUUAGAGAACUAUGGAACGUCGCAGCAGUCAAGGCUCCUGGUGGUUCUAGAGAGCUAAAGAGCAAAUACUUUGACGAUAUUGCCAUUCUAACUGGAGCAACUGUGAUAAGAGAGGAAGAUGGUCUUUCUCUGGACAAAGCUGGGAAAGAGGUUUUGGGUAAUUCUUAUAAAGUUGUCCUCACCAAGGAGAUGACAACCAUUGUGGGUGAUGGAACCACACAUGAAGCAGUGAACAAGCGUGUUGCAGAGAUUAAGAAUCUUAUUGAGCAAGCGGAGCAAGGCUAUGAGAAGGAGACAUUGAACGAGAGACUUGCUAAGCUUUCUGGUGGAGUUGCUGUAAUUCAGGUUGGAGGACAAACUGAGACAGAGCGCAGAGAAAAGAAGCUAAAAUUUGAAGCAGCCCUCAACGGUACAAAGGGAGCGAUUGAGGAAGGUACUGUUGUUGGUGGUGGUUGCACUUUCCUUGGCCUUGCGGACAAGGUUGAUCCCAUCAAGGAUACUCUUGAAAACGAGGAAGAGAAGAUUGGAGCAGACAUCGUGAAAAAAGCACUGAGUAAUGCUGGUGAGGGUGGAAGCGUUGUGAGCGAGGAGGUUGUGAGAGGUUCCUUGGAACAUGCGUUCUCUACUGCAAAGUGGUUCUUGAUGCCUGAUGUCAAGGGGCCGGAAGCUCGCAAGCCAGUGGACAUCUCUGGGUGGGUAGUGAGAUAGAUCAGCCUGGUUCGCUCUUGGACAUGAGAGAGAUGAUCAUUCCAAAAUAAGCAAGGAUUACUCUAUAGCUUGCAAACAAAUUAUGUAAUAAUGUAAUUGCUUUUUAAACCAGAGAAUAAUGUGUUUAUCAUAUGUGUGGAAUCAUUUGUAAUAAUGUAAUGGGUUAUAAACCAGAGAAUAAUGUGUUUAUCAUGUGUGUGGGAAUCAUUUUUAAUAAAUUGGGUAAAAGUCAAAAGUCA